AAUUGCCCAAUUGGCGGUAGGCAGACAGAUUAUUAAGUUUUAUUUUGUUCGUCCUUGUCGAGCGACGAAGCUUCGCUUGUAUUGCUUAUGAUGCGUCGCUCUGCAUCUAAGAAAGCCGGUCAGCCCAAUUCAACCAAUUCCAUUAACUUUUCUCCCUCCGAUCUCUUUCGCACCGCUUCAAGUAGGGCAUCUUCAAAAGAGAUGGAACGGAUUGACAACCUGUUUCAUUCUUAUGCCAAUACAUCUCUUGGUAUGAUUGACCCAGAAGGGAUUGAAACUUUAUGUUCUGAUAUGGAAGUUGAUCACACAGAUGUUAGGAUCUUGAUGCUUGCUUGGAAAAUGAAAGCAGAAAAACAAGGAUACUUCACCCUGGAGGAAUGGCGAAGAGGAAUGAAAGCACUGAGAGCUGACACUGUAAGUAAAUUAAGGAAGGCCCUGCCAGAGCUAGAAAAAGAGGUCAAGAGACCAUCAAACUUUGAGGAUUUCUAUUCCUAUUCAUUCUGCUAUUGCCUGACAGAGGAGAAACAAAAGAGUAUAGAUAUAGAGAGCAUAUGUCAAUUGCUGGAUCUUGUUUUAGGAUCCCAUUUCCGAGCGCAAGUUGACUAUUUUAUUGAGUAUUUGAAGAUUCAGAGUGAUUAUAAGGUCAUAAACAUGGAUCAAUGGAUGGGUUUUUUUCGGUUCUGCAAUGAGUGGUUAAAAUUUCCAGUUCUUGCAACAACACUUUCUCUGGCAGAAAAAAUUGAAGAAUACAAAUGAUAAGUUUCCCGGACUUCAGUAAUUAUAAUCCGGACCUUGCUUGGCCAUUGAUCCUGGAUAAUUUCGUAGAGUGGAUGCAGUCGAAGCAGACCUGAAAUUAUUUGGUUUGGUCAACUUCUCAGCUGUAACCUCCAUCUAUCUAUAUAAAGGCUGGUGCUUUAAAGUUUAAACUCCCCCUUUUCUUUGCUCCCUUUUUCUAGAGCCUUAUGUAGAUUUCCCGAUAGGGUAUAAAUUAGUCAACUUGAAAGAUUUUGCAAGCACACCAUUCUUUAAUCAAAACUGUUGUGAAUAAUUUGUUGUCAGGAAUGUUUGUAUUGCGGAUUUUUUUUUUUGAAAACAUGAAAGUCUUAUCCAAAACCGACCUUCCAAAAUUACCUCUUCUUGUUACAAAUGUAUUGGGGAGUCUCAAUAUAUUGAAUUGUAGCACCCAUCAGUAAUACUUCUAAACUGUGGUCUAACUAGAUUUAUUAUAGUAAAAUGUCUUCAUCUUCAAUGCAGUUGGAUUGUGAUGUUAUAUUAUGAACAAAACUAUAUUUAUCAGAUUAAGACAUCUUAGAUUUGUUCAAA